ACAGUCGUUCUUACAGAAAACAGGGAAAACUCAACGACAGGACAGGAGACUUCUUUUCCUUUUACGCCACCAUGAGACGCUUUCGCUAAUUCCUGUUUAUUCAUAAAAAAACUAUCAUGGCGGCUUGUCUGCUGUGCCGUUGCGUUGGAUUACUGUAAGAACCCUACACCCAUAAGAGUUGGUCACCAUCUUGAAAUUGAAAAUUACUUCUAGUUGAAGACUCGGCGUGCUUUCAGCAAACAGUUCAGCCACAUUUAUCGUAACAUAUUUAAAGCUUCCCAUCCAUCAACAGUUUUUGAAACAUCAGCUCAUUUUCUAGUGUUAUUUCCCCUCUCGUAUAAGAAAAAAAAACAAAAAAAAAAAACAAAAAAUAUCUCUGUCUCAAGCCAAAAGAAAAUUUUCCUUAGAUAUUGUGUUCAGAUCUAUUGGCCUUUUGAAUUUCACUUUCUUUGGAACUAUUGUCAUUCAUAUCUGUAUCCCAAAUUGGUGUGCCAGUUUAAGUGAGAAUAAUUGUAUGGUUGUUGAAAAGGUGAGGAAGUGAGUGCUGACAGGAAGUAUUGCCUUGCGGCAACCAAUCAAGGAAAAGGCUCAGGUGUUGAUCCCACAUCCUCAUUGUCUUUGUUAUCCCCCUCUUUAGUUUACUGGUUUUGUUUGCUAUUCUCAGCCAUUGGUUGCAGUGACACUUUGAGUUCCAGCUAAAGUCUUCUAUAAAAGCUUUCACCUGCUUAGUGUUACAUAAAAGAAAAAAAAAGGUGUUACAACCAGCUGUAAUCAGAAACAAUCUCUUGAGCUAGGAAAUUUACAAGCAAUUUACCAUCGUUGCCUUAUCUGUGAUAUUGUUGUCGUACAUAAAAAAAAAAGACAAGUUAAAAGUAAUCUACUCAAAAAAGAAAAAAAGUAUAGUGUGUACCCAAUAUUUGAAUUCCCCUCCUAUUUUUUGUGAGUGCUCAGUGUCAAUCCUUCUAUCCGGAAAUCAUCCAUCUAGUUGUGUUCCUGAUCUUUCCUUCGGCGACCUUCCAUACUAAAAGUUGGAAGAAAGAUGUCGACGAAUCCACAAUGGAACUCAUCUCUCUACUCUCCCAAGCCUCCUGCACCAGCUUCCCUCCUCGGAUUCGGUUACAACGGUGGUAGUAAUAGCAGCAGUAACUUGCUAUCAUCUUCGGGGCCGGCCGUCAACGGGUUUAACAAUUUCCCAUCAUUCGGACGUUCCAACUCCGGCAGCGGAUCAUUUUUUCCAUCGCAAGCCAACCCUGCGAGUACCCAGUUUUCGGUCAACAACAGCCAAACUGGCUCGUUGUCACCUACGCUUGGAUCUUCGUCUAUCGGACACUUUCCCAUUGGCACUUUCAAUGCUAAUUCAGCUUUCAGCGAAGAAUCCAUCAAAAGUCCAUCAGCUGCUCACGCGGGUAAUGGGAACGUACAUCGCGAUGGAGGUUCCAAUUCGCCUAGCAAUCUCGGCAGUAGAGAGACAGGAAUAAUCGAAAAAUUACUGCAUUCCUAUGGAUUCAUCCAAUGUUGUGAACGCCAAGCCCGCCUCUUUUUUCAUUUUAGUCAAUUCGACGGCAAUAUUGAACACUUGAAAAUAGGAGACCCUGUUGAAUUUGAAGUGACUUAUGACCGCAGAAACGGAAAACCAAUUGCCAGCUCAGUUUCCAAAAUUGCUCCCGAAGUGGUUCUGAGCGAAGAGCGUGUUACUGGAACUGUGACAACGGAAUUGGGGACUGGGCAACAAGGGCGCAUAAGCUAUGAGAAUCGUGGCGAGUGUUUUUUCUUGCCGUACGGUAAAGAUGAUGUGGAAGGAAAUGUGACACUCUCUGUUGGUGAUAAAGUCAGCUUCCAAAUUGCCACUAGUCAUAGCGGUAACCUGGGAGCACGGUAUAUUCGUUUGGAAAAUCCAGCUCAUCCGGUUCGCUACCAAGGAGUUGUGUGUUCGCUGAAAGAAAGCUUUGGAUUUAUCGAGCGUGGUGACGUUGUGCGGGAAAUCUUCUUCCAUUUUUCUGAAGCCAAAGGCAUUGCGGAUACGAUGGAACUUGGUGACGACGUUGAGUUUACAAUUCAAACCCGAAACGGAAAAGAAGUGGCUUGCAGUAUAAUCAAGUUGCCUCCCGGAACUGUUGUUUUUGAAGACGUCAAUCCCGAGACUCUCAAAGGACAAGUAUUGAAACCCUUGGAGCGCGGGGCCAAUGUUGCCGCGCUUAAUACGGAGCCACUCUCGGGCAGAUUGCGCUACCGUGGACGUGAUCGUUCAGAAGUAGAAAUUCCAUUUGGCGAUAAAGAUCAAAAAGGCGAAUAUACACUUAGGCAUGGAGAUUGGGUCCAGUUCAACGUAGCCAUUGACCGUCGCGAUAAACUGGAACGGGCUACCAAUAUUGAAUUGCAGGACGAGUCAUUUGUUGUCUCAGGUGAAAAACGCGAAACAGGCGUGGUAGCCGCUGUUAAGGAUGGUUACGGUUUCAUAAAAUGUGCCGAAAGAGAUGCCCGUGUCUUUUUCCACUUCUCUGAAGUCAUUUCGCAAGAUGAGGAGGUGGAUCAAAAUUCAGAAGUGGAAUUCACAUUGUCGCAGGAUCAAACACAACCUAAUAAGCAAAGCGCAGUUCGGAUUAAGAUCUUACCUCCUGGUAGCGUGCAAUUCGAAGUAAUUACUCAGCGGAACAUUGUCGGAACGGUCACCAGAGAACCGUCAAGCAGUUGGGCACAGCGUAGUCCAAGUCGGGUGAAUGGAGAGAGAUCCGCAGAUGAUAUGGGUUUGGUAUCCUACCAGCUCAACGGAAUAAUGGAGCAUGUGCCCUUCCAGAUGAGAGAGUGUGACGUCCGCAAUAGCCCACGUCUGGGCGACGAGGUUGAGUUUGACUUGGCCCAAGUGAAGCGCACGAAGGAGCAUAUUGGUUUGAACAUUCGCAUAGUACAGCGUGCCCAAGUCAACAAGUCUGGCGGCAAAUUUUCCGAAAACGGCGAAAACACUAAAAACGAAACCCAACACUCAAAUGGGGAGGGUACCAAGGUCCACAAAGGAUUCAUUGCUUCUCUGAAGGAUACGUUCGGUUUCAUCGAAAACCUUGCCCACGACAAGGAAAUUUUCUUUCAUUAUAGUCAUUUUGAUGGAGACGCUGAUUCGUUGGACCUCGGGCAUGAAGUACAGUACACUUUAACUGGUAAAACUCCCUCAUCUGGAAAAAUAUCUGCUGAAAACGUCAAGUUGUUGAAGAAAGGAACCAUUGCCCGACAUGCGGUUGACGAAGAGAUAUUGGACGGUAUUAUCGUUCGCCCAUUGAGGAACGUUAAUCCCGAUCAAGCUCAAUAUGCCGGUCUGGUUAAAUUGGGCGCUGACAUAGAUGCAGAAGAAGUGUCAUAUGAAUUUGGCAUCACGAGCUUGGCCAACAAGAAAGACUUUCUUCAACGUGGCGAUCAAGUUCAGUUUCAAAUCGAGCGAACUGAAGACGGCAAGGAAAGAGCUACUCGGAUACGGGUGGUCCGUAAAAAGCUUCGUUCUACAGUCGAUGCUAUUAAAGGCCAAUUUGGAUUCCUCAAUUACGAAAUGGAAGAUGGCAAGAAGCUUUUCUUCCAUCUUUCCGAAGUUAAAGAUAAUGCAACUCUUCUACCCAAUGAUACCGUUGAAUUCGUCCUUAUUACCAAUCAGCGUACAGGGAAAUCAUCAGCCUGCAACAUUGUGAAAAUGGAAACCCAACGUCCGGACUGGCUGGCUGCACGACUUCGUACCAUGUCGAUCGACGAAAACGGACCUCGCUUCUACGUCCUGAGGCAACCCAAAGGUCCGGACGGUACUCGAGGAUUUAAAAUUGCUCCUCGUUCAUCUAUGUCCAGCAACGGAGUAUCUGCCGCAAAAGCGAAUGGCGACUCCGAAGCUCUAGGCAAUGCCUGAAUGACAUCGAAUCGGAUAAGCUCCAUUUUUCGUAUCUUUUCAAUUCUUUAUCACUCACUUAUAACUUCGUCGCUGAACAAAUAACGAAAGAAAAAAAAAAGAAACUGCACUGAGAGAGGAGUCAUAAUUAAGUUCUUUCCACUUAUCCUCCACUUUUCUUGCAUUUGAGGUGAAGAAAGAAAAAGAUAACGUACAAUUCACAAAAAUAUCAAUAUUUCUUCUAACAAAAAAAAAAAAAAUCUACUGUAACGUGUUCGCAUCGAGGAACCGACUGUGAUGGGGUGGGACUUCAAGCGUGUUUUACAAAAUUAAAUAAGAAAAAAUCUAGUAGUGUGCGAACUUCGUUGUCAUGACCGUUUUUUUUUUUUCGUUUUUUUUUUUCGUUUUUUUUUCGUUUUUUUUUAGUUUGCGAACCAAAGUAUCAUUUUGCCAUAUAUGAAAGUGGGUUUCUCGAGAAAGUCAAAUUUCAACUGCUAAGAAUAAGUAGGCAAGAUGUAUUGAAUUGUGCAGACGAAAUCGAGUGAAUGUUCUUUUUCCUAUCGCUGGAACAAAAGAGGCCUGGUCGCAAUCGGAAAAAAAAAUGUCUGGCGCCUAGUCGAGAUGGGCUGACGAAAAUAAUGGGGAAAUUUUUUAUUUUUUUUUGUAACUGAAUAAGAUUGAGGCGAAGUGUUUUUUACCACCAGCUUUUCAGUUAAUGUAAAAUUCGAUGCGUCCCCUUCAGGAUAUUACCGAGCAUUGUUCUACAAUGCUCUUCUUAACUUCUCUAUUGGCCAGGUGACUCUUGCGAAAAGUUAUCCCUCGACUAACAAAUUCGAGUGAAACGAAAAAAAAAAAAAAAAAAAUUAUUUUUCAUUUCCCUUGAAAUUAGGUCCAACUUCUUGCGAUGAAAUUCCGUUGUUCCUCUCCGUACCACAGAGUCGGGCGUUCAAUAAAGUCCAACCCAAGUUUAUGCAAAUAAAAAAUAAAAUGAUUACACCUUGGCAAUUUCUCUUAUUUGAUUUCUUUCUCUCAUUGAGAAAGAAAUGAAAACUUUGUUUGUGAGGUUCAUAGCGGCCUCUAUUUGCUCCCUCCUUUUAUUUUUUCCACCAGAAUUGUUGUGUGAUCCUCAUCUUCUGCUGUUGCCUCUUCUGCUUAAAUUUUCUUCCCCCGAAAGUCGUUUUUCACCUGUUUGUCAAUGCAAAAAAUGGAAAGAGAAAAAACCCCCACUCUUCCACGAAUUGCUCUUUCGUCAACCAAAAUCACAUUAUAAGCAGAAUGAUAGUUUAGUAGUUUUUGUUCGAUUUCUGACUUUCGUUCUUCCAUUCUUUUUCUCGUCAACAAUUUGUCCUGGCGUGUACUCUCGCGCUGCAAUUCUGUCCCGAAUUUUUCUGCAUUAGCUUUCGUUUUAUAGCCAGUUUGGUUCUAGUUCGAUCACUUAAAAAAAUAACACAUGUUAAACAAGAUUCGUGCUAAACUUAUGCGAAAGAAACCAUCGAAAUGAUUGAUCAAGGAAAUCUUGAGGUAAAUUAAAAGAGAGUGAAUUCCAUGUCAACAACCUGCGAGUUUAUUAAUGUAGCGAAACAUAUGGCCAAUACAAGUUAAAUCAUUUCAACUCA